AAAAAAAAGUAAUAUCCGAAAUUGCAACUUUUUAAGGAAAAACCAGCCAAACAGAGCCUAUAAAACGCAAGAGUCCGCGUUCAACUUUCAUCAUUCAUCACUUCGUCUAAUCAAAACGCGAACCAGAAAACUAUGAACGACUUACUCUCCGUCCAAAACGACGACAGCAACAGCCACCACCACGUCAUCCAGAUGGGGGAAACCUCCACCACCACCACGGCAAAGACACUCGGGAAAUUCUUCGAAGAAGUGGAGUCAGUGAAGGAAGAAUUGAAAGACUUGGAGAAACUCCACGUAAGUCUCCGAAACUCGCACGGAAAGAGCAAAAGCCUUCACAGCGCCACCGCGGUGAAAGAGCUUCGUUCUCGAAUGGACUCCGACGUUACUCUGUCUCUCAAGAAAGCUAAAGUGGUUAAGGCUCGCUUGGAGUUGCUUGACCGGUCCAACGAAGCGAGCCGGUCGUUGCCUGAUUGUGGACCCGGUUCGUCUUCUGAUCGAACCCGGUUGGCGGUGGUUAGUGGUUUGAGGAAGAAUUUGAAAGAUUCGAUGGAGAGUUUUAAUGCACUUAGGGAGCAGAUAUCAUCGGAGUACAGAGCGACGGUGCAGCGGAGAUACUUUACCAUCACCGGAGAGAAACCUGAUGACAAAACUGUCGAUCUCCUCAUCUCUACCGGUGAAAGCGAAACGUUUCUACAAAAAGCCAUUCAAGAACAAGGAAGAGCAACAGUGAUAGAGACAAUACAAGAGAUCGAGGAGAGACAUGGUGCUGUGAAAGAGAUAGAGAGAAACCUAAAUGCGCUACAUCAAGUGUUCUUAGACAUGUCAGUAAUGGUGGAAGCUCAAGGUGAAGAAUUGAAUGACAUUGAAAGCCAAAUGAUGCGAGCAAAUUCGUACGUUAGGAAAGGUGUACAACAAAUACAUGUUGCUAGGAAGCAUCAAAAGAAUAGCCGUAAAUGGAUAUGUUUUGCCAUUUUAGUCCUUCUCAUUAUCGCUUUGGUUAUAAUUCUUCCUAUUGUUUUAAAAAAUAAUUAAAUGAGAUUAAUUAAUUCUCAAUUGGUGGCUCAAAACUUGACAGUCAAGUCAAAGAAAAUGUAUAAAAAAUGACUUUCAUAUUCAUUAAUAUUAUUUUUUUUUAGUAGUUUUAUAUUGGUCAUGUGUUGUGCUUUUUUAUUUUUCUUGCUACUGUUUUGAUUGAUGUAUAUUUGAAUACUUUUUCAUAUGAAAAGUUGUUCAAAGAUUUUAGAUGAUUAGUUUCUAGAACUAGUUGACAGGAUUUUAAUUA